AUGCGAAAGCUUAUUCGGCGAACACUGGCCAAGAAACUGAUUGUAGUCAUAUGGAUAAUCUCGGCCACUCUAUUCAUCCCCUGGGCCGUCCACUAUAAGGUGACUGUCAGUGAAGGCAUUAGUAUCUGCCACGAGGUCUGGCCCUCGGACACCGCUGAGCGCCUCUUUUUCCUUGGCGUCGUGACUAUUUUAGUCUACACCGCGCCCCUGCUUAUAAUGGCCUUCUGCUACAUCAGCAUUAUUUUGAAAAUCUGGGGGCGAUUCCAGGCAGAUAAUCCUCAGGAGGAAAAAAGCGCACCAAACGAUUAUGUAAAUAGGGGAGAUUACGCAGUCAAACCGGACUCAACUAGUGUCGACAAGAGCUCCAGUGCAAAUGGUCAUGACAGCUUACCCAGUGAGACAACCUAUGCAAUGCGGUAUCACCCCACCCAAUGGUUGUCUGCAUUUAAACAAGGCGCUGUUUUUUACCCUGACAGAAUCAAGUCCCAGAAUGUCCGACUUCAAUCCGUGGGCGGUUUGAGCAGAGGAAAGACCAUCAAGAUUGUCAAAAUGCUCUCCGUCGUAGUCAUUAACUUCUGCCUCUGUUGGUUGCCGCUCUUCACUGUAUUUAACAUUAUCAAGUUUUCCACGUACUAUGCGACUCCCGAAGGCGGCGCAGGCGCAGUCAACGCCUCCACCAUCACGACCACAAACACCACCGUGACGGUGAGCAAGCAGAUGUCUCCAGCUAUCUCGAUGGCAGCCCUUGAAUAUGUGGUUCCCUUCGCACAACUACUGGGUUCAGCCAACAGCUGUGUCAAUCCCUGGAUCUACUGUUUUUACUCGAAGACCUACCGACGUGGUUUCAGGAAAGUUAUGCAAUGUCAGUCAGCUCGACGACGGCCACGGUUUGGUCAGCGCGUCUACUUGCGGGAAAAUACCUGGUUCACCGGCAGUGACCAACGCAGCCUACGCGUACACCCCACUAGGUCCGCCAUUUUGCCACAUAAAAACUGA